GAAAGUCUUGAAUUAUACAGGGUUAAAACUCAUUGUAUUAAGGAAGAACUUCGACGAGUAACAGUUUGCGGAUACUUUGUGCGAGAAUUUAGUGGUACUUAUUACUUCGAAUUAAAAAAAUUAUAUCAAGUUGGUCCUUACGAUCACACGAUUUUAACAGCAGAUGAAAGAUACGAGGACUUUGAACUUGAUGAAAUUACUGGUGGAUUAGACCAUCAAUUACCAA